GUUUGCUGCGGAGGCGCUGGAGCAGUUUGACAGCCAGCUGGCGGAGGUGGUGGUGCCAGACACAGAGUGGGAGGCGGGGCCCGCGCGGGCGGGGCUGGAGCGAGACAUCGCCGCGCACACGCAUGCCGCCAGGCUGGAGCAUGUGGGGCAGGCGCUGGAGGCGGCGCAGAAGGCGGCGCGCCGCGACGUCACCGCCGCCGCCAUCCCCCUCCUCGAGUCGCCGCCCGCCGACCUGUGGCCGCGCCUCUCCAAGGUGGUGAGCAAGGCGGCUGCCAAGGCGUGCGCGGCGCUGGAUGCGGCGGUGGAGGGGUAUGGGCUUCGGGUGGAGGAGGUGGAGGAGGUGCAUGCGGCGGCGGCGGCCGCGGCGCGCGCCCAGCUGCUGGUGCACGCCCACGAGGCCGCCAACACGGCGCUGAGCCGCGUCAAGGACCGCUUCAACGAGGUGUUCCAGCGGGACGAGCACGGCAUGCCGCGCACCUGGCAGCCGUCUGUGGACGUGACGGCGGUGACGGCGGCGGGGCGCCGCGCAGCCGCACACCUCCUGGCGCAGCUGUGCUUUGUGAGGGACGGGCGCGGCGGCGGCGGCGGCGCGGGGCCCGCGGCCGCCGAGGCCGCCGUGCUGCGCCUGGCGGACGACGCGGCCGGCGGCGGCGGCGCUGCGGGCGGCGGGCUGGCCGGCCGGCGUGGCGGCGCGGCCGAGGCCUCCACCUUUGACCUGCUGUCGGCGGCGGAGUGGCCGGGGGUUGGCGAGGAGGAUGUGCUGCUCAGCCCCGCCCAGGCGCGCGCCACCUGGCGCAGCUUCAUGUCGGAUUCCACCUUCUCGGUGCAGCAGGCGCUGGCCACGCAGGAGGCCAACCGCGCGGCGCAGAACCGGCUGCCGCCGCUGUGGGCGCUGCUGGCCAUGGCGGUGCUGGGGUUCAACGAGAUGAUGGCGGUGCUGUACAACCCGCUCUGGCUCCUCGCACUCCUCAUCCUCUUCCUCUUUGCGCGCACCGUGUACCAGGAGAUGGAUGUUGAGGCGGAGAUGGCGCGCGGCCUGCUGCCCGGCACCAUCGCCCUCUCCUCCAAGUUUGUGCCCGCCAUCAAGAAGGUGGCAGCGCAGACAAUAGACUCCGCCAAGACCUUCCUGCAAGACGCGCCAGAGGGCGGCGCCGCGGGGGCCGGCGGCGAGGCCGGCGGCGUGCACCGCCGCCUGGCCGGGGACGCCGACGGCGCGGCGGCGGGCCUGCGCAGCCGCAGGCGUGAGGUGGAGCUGACGGAGAGCAGCCGCGACGCCAGCGCCUCGCAGUUUUUCGACGCCGACUCGGCCGCCGGCAGCCGCAAGGACGACUGA